UACGAAAGAAGAAGAAAAAAAAAAUACGCUGAAAAACUGAAUCAUCGCUUCAAUAAUAUCGUCGAAGAGAGGAAAGGAAAAGAAAAAAUCUCUCUCAAAAAAAUUAUUAUUGCUUUUGAAUGUGUAAUUGUGAUUGAUUGAUUGAUUGUCAUUGAUUUGUCUUCGUCAUUGAUUUAUGAUGAUGAUGAUUUUUAUUCAAAUCUUUUCGCUAACAACUGUUAUUAAUAUUGUCAAACAACAUCAAUAGUCCUUAUGAAUUGAGCAACAAGUGGUUGUUGUUUUCCAUCAAAAUUCUUCAUUUAUUUUUUUGGGAAAGAAAAUUCUUCAUUUUGGUUUUUUUCGAUUGUUGGUUUUUCUGUUUUCGAUUGUUUUUUUGAUUCAUCGCUUCCAUUACAAAUGUGGUUUUCCAAUCUAAUCGAUAUUGAAAAUUGGAAACGAAGAAUGGUUACAAUUACUGAAUCAAAUGAUUCAAAUCAACAACAACAACAAUCAAAAAAUGAUGAACAACAACAACAAAAUUUUGAACAACAUGUUGUUCCGGAUAAAUUUUAUGGCCGUUAUCGUUUAACAACAAGUGACAAUUUUGAUGCAUUUUUACGUGAAAUUGGCGUUGGUUUUCUUGCCAGAAAAUUAGCCAAUCUAACUAGGCCACAUUUAGAAAUUGUCAAAGAACCAAAUGGUUAUAUUGCAAUGAAAGUUGAAGCACCACAUAAAACAUUAGUUAAUCGUUUUAGGAUAAAUGAAUAUUUUAAUGAAACACGUAUGGAUGGUAAAGUUUGUAAGUCAAUAGUGGAAUUUAUUCCACCAAACAAAUUCAUACAAAUGCAAUGGGAUAAUGGAUUGGAAAUUAAAUAUAUUCGUGAAUUUGUUGAUAAUAAAAUCAAUGUGAAAUCAAUUUGUAAUAAUAUUCAAAGUUUUCGUGUUUAUACACGUGUCGAAUAAAUCAAUCUAAAUUUGAAUCAUUUGAAAAUCAUCCCGAAUCAAAGUAUUGGAAUUCCAACCAAAGUGACAAAAUUAACCACUCAUUACUUUUACUUACACA